GAGAGUAUACAAGAGAGAGAGACUGUAAGUGAGUAUUGAAGAGGCUUUUUUGGUCCAAUCCCUCAGUAAUUGUCACAAGCAGUCAUCUGCAGAUGAUGUUCCUAAGAGCGUCCCUAGCAACCCAGUCACCCUCCGCCCAGUCAAUGGGUUCAGAGCAGCACAGAGUUUAGUUUAGCUAACCUGCCUACACAAAGCUGUCAGAGACUGGUAACACACACUCCCCUCACCAUGGCGAUACUGGGAAGGGAAAGUGUGUCAUCCCGCCACCACCAACCGGUUCCCUCCGCCCCCUCUAUCACUCCACUCUCACUCCCUCUCUCCUCCCUCCACUCCACCUAGUUGCCCCCUCCUGCUUUAAUUCCUCCAAUCCUCUUUGUAGGACUGACGUCUGCUACAGUCACAAACAGAGCUAAGACAAGACAGGAGAGGAGAGUGGAGGAAAAAGAGUCUGGUAGUCUCAAACAAACUGCUCUCUAUCUCUCACACUUCCACUAGCUCAGCUCCCAGGGCUCUCCAGGACUCAGGGGGGGUGCUCUACCCUCACAGCAUCCUCUCCUCGCUCCUUGUUGGGGCUCACCUCACUGCCUGAGACCGGGGAACAUCCAGGGGACAUCUAGGUGACACUCACUCAGCCUCACCCAGGACCUGGGACUUCAGCUCGGCUCUCUAAAACCGGCUCCUCCUCAAAGGCCUUCUGAGCCUGCAACGUGACCCACCCUUCCCUCGUCUGUCUGACUGAGAGAGAGAGGGAACUUUCAUUCUCUCAGGAACAUCAGGGUUUCCAUUCUCAGGCCUCAACUCCCAUGCACUGUAUCUGCAGAGAGGCUAGAAGACAGGAGAAUACCCUAAAGACACAGACCGGAUGAUUUCAAUUUGUCCUACUGAUAUCGUCAUAAGAGAUAAGACACAGCUGUGAGAGUGUGUGUCUGUGGGUAUUUCUUAUAACGAGUGUGACACAGACCACUCUGUGUCAGCAGUGUGUUAGAGAAAGAACACACACUCUGGGGAAGACUUUUCUUGUGGCAUUUGAUGUACAGGUGUGUGUGUGUGAGACAUGUCAGGUGUGUGACUCAUUGUAGUUGUUAGUCAUUGAAUGUGCAUUUGAGACGUGAGUGAGGCCGUAAGUGUGCGAGAGGCUUCGGUUUCCUCUGGAUUUCUCUGGGAUGGAGGGUCAAGGCUACGACCGGUUUGGUGAAGGUGAGCGUGACACCUACCAAAUCGACUACCGUCGUAUCGUUGGUGAUACCGAGCCCGCUAGGCCGCGCCUCUUGCCCCUCGAAGGGGAGCACACACACCCCAACGCCAACCCCCAUGGAGCCUACACACACACCAACCCUCACGGCCACGAGACGGCCGCACAGAGAUACAGCGCCACACGCAUCCAAGCCGGAUAUGAACCUGAGAGCAUGGCUGACUACCUGAUCAGUGGAGGGACAGGGUACGUGCCUGAAGAUGGACUCACAGCUCAGCAGCUCUUCUCUAUCGGGGACGGACUCACAUACAAUGAUUUCCUGAUUCUUCCUGGUUUCAUAGACUUUAACUCUGAUGAAGUGGACCUGACUUCAGCUCUGACCAGGAAGAUCACCCUGAAGACUCCUCUAAUUUCGUCUCCCAUGGAUACAGUCACUGAGUCCUCCAUGGCCAUCGCUAUGGCUCUCAUGGGCGGGAUCGGGAUCAUGCACCAUAACUGUACUCCAGAGUUCCAAGCCAACGAGGUCCGCUUGGUCAAGAAAUUUGAGCAGGGUUUCAUCACAGACCCGGUGGUAAUGAGUCCUCACCACACGGUGGGAGACGUGUUCGAAGCCAAGGUCCGCCACGGCUUCUCUGGCAUCCCCGUCACAGAGACGGGAAAGAUGGGAAGCAAGCUGGUGGGUAUCGUCACUUCCCGAGACAUCGACUUCCUUUCCGAGAAAGACCAUGACAGACCCCUGGAAGAGGCCAUGACAAAGAGGGAAGAUUUAGUGGUUGCACCAGCUGGUGUAACACUGAAAGAAGCCAACGAUAUCCUGCAGCGCAGCAAGAAAGGUAAGCUGCCCAUAGUGAAUGACAGUGAUGAGCUGGUGGCCAUCAUAGCGAGGACAGACCUGAAGAAGAACAGAGACAACCCUCUGGCCUCUAAAGACUCCAGGAAGCAGCUGUUGUGUGGUGCUGCCAUUGGAACCAGAGAGGAGGACAAGUACAGACUGGACCUGCUGAUGCAGGCUGGUGUCGACAUGGUGGUGCUGGACUCCUCCCAGGGGAACUCUGUCUAUCAGAUCAACAUGAUCAACUACAUCAAACAGAAAUACCCUGAACUGCAGGUGGUGGGAGGAAACGUGGUGACUGCAGCACAGGCUAAGAAUCUGAUAGAUGCGGGUGUGGAUGCUCUGAGGGUGGGGAUGGGCUGUGGCUCCAUCUGUAUCACCCAGGAAGUGAUGGCAUGUGGGCGUCCCCAGGGUACAUCAGUGUACAAGGUGGCAGAGUAUGCCAGGCGUUUCGGUGUGCCUGUCAUCGCAGACGGAGGCAUCCAGACCGUUGGACAUGUGGUCAAAGCUCUCGCUCUCGGGGCAUCCACAGUGAUGAUGGGGUCAUUGCUCGCGGCUACCACGGAGGCCCCGGGGGAGUAUUUCUUCUCAGACGGCGUGCGACUAAAGAAGUAUCGCGGGAUGGGCUCCCUUGACGCGAUGGAGAAGAACAGCAGCAGCCAGAAACGCUACUUCAGUGAGGGGGACAAGGUGAAGGUGGCUCAGGGUGUGUCAGGGUCGGUCCAGGAUAAAGGCUCCAUCCAUAAGUUUGCCCCCUAUCUCAUUGCUGGCAUACAACAUGGCUGCCAAGACAUCGGAGCUAAGAGCCUCUGCAUACUGCGGUCCAUGAUGUACUCUGGGGAGUUGAAGUUUGAGAAGAGGACCAUGUCAGCUCAGGUUGAGGGGGGAGUACACGGGCUGCACUCUUAUGAGAAGCGGCUAUACUGAGGGAGGAGCGGGAAGAAGCACACGAGCAGCUCCCAGCGUACCCCCACCAGCAGCCACCAGGCACAACAGAUACAUGUGACCUACCUACAACCACUACUCAAUUCAACCAUCACAUAACCUUUUGGCUAUACAUAAGACCGCUGACUCCUCUCUUCUCCUCCCACCCACUAUCUCUCUCUUUCUCUGUGUUGUGUAAGAUGCUUUUGAGGGACCAUAAAGUCACCUCUGACUUGAUUGAUGUUAUGACAUAACCUACAGGGACUAGGGACUAACGUUCAAUGGUCACAUGUACCUGGGUCAUGGCACAGAGCCAUCAGGCUGUAUAAGGUAUGUAGCGCAUGUAGAACUGUGAAUACUGUGUACUACUUUACGUAMCCUGGAACUCUUUAUACCAGUUUUGGUUGAUCAUGAUCCUAUGUCUCGGAUGUAUUUGAAUGUAUAGUAGUGUUGAUGGCCAUAUGGAAUAGCCUAAAGGUCUGUUAGUGUGGCUCUACUGUAGAGAGAACCAAAGCUACGGUAGGCGUCAGCCUUCAAUCAGGGAUAACCACAGCGCCUUAAGACUGCACAUGGAGUCUAUACUGUGGAUAGUGCUGGGAUCUGGUUUUCACUGGAUUCUCAUCAGUUUGAAAAAAAAAGAAAGAGAACCACAAUUUAGUUUUUGUGUGAAGUUCACUAAGAUUUGGGAUGUAUGUGUUUUCUGAURACAGGAUGAUUGUACAGUGACUUUGGCCUAGUCUGUGGUGUUAAUAAUAUGAUAUGAUGGAUUUGAGUGCAUUCGGAAAGUAUUCACUUUCUCCACAUUUUGUUACGUUACAGCCUUAUUCUAAAAUUGGUUAAAUWG